AUGCAUAAGAAAGAGCUUGUCAUUGGCUGUAAAGCCCCUGUUGCCGUUCUAGUUGGUAAAGAAAAGACCCACAGAUUGGCUGAAAUAGUUGCUAUUCGCCAAAACUCAAUCGGUAACCCUGAAUACUAUGUUCAUUAUGUCGGAUUUAACAAACGUCUUGAUGAAUGGAUCCCCGAAACUCGCAUUGACUGUAAAGAUCCUUCUAAAAUAGAGUAUCCACGAAAGAAGAAGUAUGUGUCUAAGAAAGAAGAAGCAGAGGCACUCCAAGCACCAACACAUUCUAAAACUGCUCUAACUACUGAAGAUAUCUAUAAGGUCAAAAACAUUGAAACCAUUGAAAUGGGUGAGUAUACUCUUAAUGCCUGGUACUUUUCGCCCUAUCCCCAUACACUUGCUGAGAACAAACACAUUAUUCUCUGUGAAUACUGUCUCUUCUACUUUAGUACUCCUGAGCACCUUACUCAGCACCGCCAGACCUGUCGUCUUAAUAGACCUCCUGGGGCACAGAUCUACCGUAAAGACGGAAUUGCUUUCUUUGAACUAGAUGGUCAAAUUCAUGUUAAUUAUGCCCGGAAUCUUUCUCUUCUGUCUAAACUCUUUCUUGACCACAAAACUCUCUACUACGAUAUUGAUGUCUUCUUCUUCUAUGUUAUGUGUAUUUAUAAUCCGGCUGAUUCAGAAGAGGAUCGGCAGUAUAAGCUAGUUGGGUACUUCUCUAAAGAAAAAGAGUCUCAGCAUGGCUAUAAUGUUGCUUGUGUUCUUAUUCUUCCUCAGUACCAAAGAAAAGGGUAUGGCCGACUGCUGAUUGAUUUCUCUUAUCUGCUUAGUAAACGUGAAAGAGUCGCUGCUUCGCCUGAGAAGCCUCUUUCAGAUCUUGGCCUGCUUAGUUAUCGGCAGUAUUGGGCUGAAAAGGUCACUGAAAUCCUGCAACACUCUAAGUCUAUUUCAAUUAAUGAUAUUCGCGAUAUGUCAAGUAUUACGACUGAGGAUAUUCUUCACACCUUGCAAACCCACAAAAUGUUGAUGUUUUAUAACGGAGUGCCAGCCUUCAUUCUUCGUGAUGAGGCCUUGCAGAAGCUUGCUAAGUCCCAGAAUGCCCCGCGACUUGAUCCGGACUAUCUUCUUUGGGGGCCGUCCUACCUCACCUAA